AUGAAGCGCAAAGGAUCAGAAAACGAAUCGCCUCCCUCCAAGAAGCGAAACACCGCUGGCGAUGAACGCCAGGGACUCCAGUCAGCAUUCCGGUCCGACCUCUUCAACGAGAGGACGGUUCAAUCCUUCCGCCAGAACUACGCAAGUUCGGGGCCAUAUCCUCAUGCCGUUGUGCCUUCAUUGAUUCAAGACGAGCUCCUCCGCGCUGUCAGAAGCGAAAUCAUCUCACACAUCCACUUCACGCUCAAGGAGACGGACAUCUACCGCAUCCACCAGUCGGGUGACCUUGCCAACCUUUCCAACCUCGACGCCGAAUCCCUGAAACACCUACCCAGCCUGGUGCGUCUCCGUGACGCCUUGUACAGCUCCGACUUUCGAGAAUGGGUGUCGACGGUCACGGGCGCAGGCAAGGUUUCGGGGAAGAAGACAGACAUGGCGGUCAACGUCUACACGCCGGGCAGUUACCUGCUCUGCCACGACGACGUGAUAGGCAGCAGAAGAGUGAGCUACAUUCUAUACCUGACGGAUCCCGAUCGUCCGUGGCAGCCGGAAUGGGGCGGCGGACUGAGACUGUUUCCCACCGAAACCAAAAAGAACAAGGCCGGCGAAGACAUUCAGGUCCCCCUGGCCGAACACAGCCUCAACAUCCCCCCGUCGUUCGGACAGUUGAGUUUCUUCGCCGUCCGGCCGGGAGAGAGCUACCAUGACGUCGAGGAGGUGUACCACGGACCCGACCCCGAGGCGGACGGAGGCCGGAUACGCAUGGCGAUCAGCGGGUGGUUCCACAUCCCACAGGAAGGGGAGGACGGGUUCGAACAAGGGAUCGAGCAGACGCAAGCGCAGAGGUCGAGUCUUGCGCAGCUGAAAAGCGCGGCUAACGAGUUUGACGAGCCGCAACUGGUGUUCCGCCACUUCGACGAGCCGCGGCAGGUCAUGGAUAGCCACGCUUCGGGGAAGGAGGUUGACCCCGGCGACAGAGAAGACACGGACGACGAGGUGCUCACCGAGCAGGACCUGACGUUCCUACUGCACUACAUCACGCCGCAUUACUUGACACCGGACAUGAUCGACGAUUUCAGUUCUUCGUUUGGCGAUGUGUCGGCGCUCCAGCUGGAGCACUUUUUCAACCCAAUCUUCGCAGAAGAGCUGAAGGAGUACAUAAGCGGCGUUGAACAGGGUGCGUCGUCGUCCUCGGAUGAUGCGCAGGGCUCGCAUCGUCAUGAUCGUCAUUCCUCCAAAUCUGACCCGGCGCACUGGAGUGUCGCUCGCCCGCCUCAAAAGCACCGGUUCGCUUAUCUACAGGGUGUCGAGGCGCUGCACAGAGACAAGACGCCCAUCUCUCGCGUCCUGACGGACCUGCUCCAUUCGCACGCUUUCAAGAAGUGGCUGGCGCUGGUCACGGGGCUGAAGACGAAAAGUCUCGUCCGACAGAACGUGAUGGCGAGGAGGUUCAGACGCGGGAAGGACUACGCACUGGCAAACCCGUUCAAUGGAGAGCAACCGCAGCUUGAAUUCACGAUCUCGAUCACGCCGAGUGACGGGUGGGAAAAGGCCGAAGAAGCGGAAGAGGAAGGAGAAGCCGACGACGCUGAGAAGAAAGGAGAAACGGUCGGUGCGAAGAAAGGAGAUACCGAGAAGGCGAAGAAGGGGUUCGAGAUGGCCGAGAAGAUGCUGCAUAAUGGUUUCACGGCCGUGGUGCCGGAAAUCCCAGACGAUGCGAAGGAGGGCAAGGGUAAAGAAGAGGCCACCGUCGAGCCUGAGAAGGUCCAAGUGUCGACGUCUGCGGAGAUCGAGUACGGCGGUGAGGAAGUUUACAUGGCGGGCGACGACGACGAAGAGGAUGAUGCUGACAACGCCUCGACGCAUUCCAAGUCGCUGCCUAGUGUGGGAAAGAAAGCCGAUCCGGCCGUUUACAAGUCGUCGAUGGGCGAGAACGACGAGGACGAUGGGAUUUUGUUCACGAGUCCCCCGGCUUGGAAUAGGUUCAGUGUCGUUUUCAGGGACAAGGGGACUUUGAGGUUUGUAAAGUAUGUGAGUCAAGCCGCCAAGGGGGACAGGUGGGACAUCAAAGGCGAGGUACAGGUUAGUGAAGAUGCAUGGGACGGUGGUGAGGGAGGAGAUGACGAAGAUGACGAGGACGAGGAACAUGGAGAGGAGGACGAAGAUGACGAGGACGAGGACGAGGACGAUGGUGAAGAUGAAGACGACGAGGACGGAGAUGAAGAUAAAGUAGACGGUUAG